CCCGGAUCUACUGCACGCACUAUCUUCAGAACAUGAACAUGACAGUGGUAUCGAUCCCUCUGCUUCUGGCGACUUUGUUUCAUAAUGAGAGUGCAGAUAAGGGGGGUUCUACACAAGUUUAUGCUUAAAAAAGUCAUGUGGCUCCGCUUUUAGGCAGUGCCUAAAUCUAUAUAUUAUAUGUAGGGUAAAGCGGCGGUACUAAGCCGUUUUUUUUACUAGCGCGAAGGGCACAGAAUAGGCUGGCGCGCGAAGAAAAAAGCCGGGGACAUAAGAAUAAUAGUCACGUCCACGAGCCGCGGGUUUUUGAAAACACGUAUCCAGCGUUUUUAGGACGUUUUUUUAAGUAAUGGUUCGUGUAAGAACUACGGUACCCUGCGGCAACGCAUGCGCAGAAGUAGCUAUAAAACUUCAGUAAAAUCCUGCCCUCUGAUUGGCUAAAAUACAUCUUCGGGUGUUUUCCGUAUCUUAUCCAUUGAUUGACAAACAUUUAAAUUAAGAAUAAAACAAAGGUUGCAUUGUUACAACUUAUCCCCGAGUUUUGUCCGAAUCGUAUGUUCGGAAGUUAGAUUUCCGACAUAGCGCUCACGUCGCCAUUUUGAAUUCUACAUGCUUCCUCCUCGAUAUAUUAAGACAAGUCUCUCGCUAUUCAUGAUCUCUUCGAAAAUAGUUUGAAAAUCUGUUGUAUAUACUUUAAAGAAACGCUUCUGAGUUCUGUUUGCUUGCAAACUUUGUCCGAGAAGUUAGAAAAGCUUGUCAUGGUGUUCAAAAGGCAGGCAUGUUGCUGCCUAAACCACGAGGCUUGGUGUGGCAGUAAGCCUUCAGAUGUGGAACAGAGGUCCCUGAGAAAGGCGAACAGAGUAGAGAAAGUUUUCUUGGAUCUAGAUGACAAAGGCAAAAAGGGCUGGUCUAGAAGCAUUUGUAUGUACUGUCGACAGCGAGUCGAUUUGGAGCUUGGAAACCAACGCAUGAAAACUUCACACGAGAGCUGUAGAGAUGAAACUGCCUCAAGUUCCAGCGUGUUUUUCCAACCGGAAACCUCUGAGACCAGCGCCGCCGCUGAAGCCGCGUUAGAACCAUUCCAGGACAUUGAGGAAACCUCUGCACUAGGGCAAAUUUUGCCGUCAUCAGUUGAUGCUGUACGACUCAUGAAAGCAUCAACUAAACUAAGGGACAUAGAACUAAAGGACAUAAAACGAUGCAUUGAAGUAGAAGAUACGGCGUUUGGUGAAGCGAAGAUAUUUUUUUAGAAAAUUGUAAAAUAUAAAUAUCAGCAAUAACCCGCAAUUGUCAGUAAGAGCAGUGGAAUGCUUAUGCGGAUGCAAAAAGCUAAAAGAAAUAGUGAAUAUAAAUGCAGCCCGUCUGGAGCCAGAAGAAUUACAAUUUCUUCGCAGAAAUUUUCCGUGAGUCCUCAUGGCCUACUAUGUAUCGAAGACGGAGACCCCGAUUAUAAGCUGGACACUCUCGAAUUCAUCAAUGAGCUUAUGGAACAAACCUUGCUUGCGGCUUGUUUUAAGAAAAUAUUGUGCGUUCUGUCUGUGUCGAUAAAAUAAUAACUAGAGGACUGCUACUACUGUGAAUUCCAGUAAACUUUAUUGCUGUGGCUUGUAUGCGAUAAUAGUUGUAUUGAGGAUCGAAUAAAGCAAAAUUGGUAACUUUA